CUUCUUCCUUCCUUCCCCCGUCUUCCUGUUAACUGACUCAUCGGAGUAGCUUCGGAAGGUGCGUUCGCAGCAGAUAGCCCAUCGCUCCAAAAACAGCACAGCAGCACAGCUGCCAUCAUAGCUCUUUGGUGCCGUGACUGCCGUCCGACCUCCUCUUCGGCGGUAAGAAACACACACGAGAGGCGGGAAGCCGCCUCAGACGCCGUACAUCGUCCGGAAAUCGUGUCGGCAUGUAUCCGUUGUGUUGUGUUUGUUGAAUCAGGCAUCUUCUUGGCGUGUGUGUGGCAUAGCGGUGUUGUCGCUGCGGUCAUGGUACUCACCGUCACGCGCACUCAGGUUGUGAAGGUGGAACAACACUGAUGGAGCCGACGGGCAUGCAGACAGACAUGAGAUUGAGGGUUGUGUGUGUUGUGUGUGAUACAGUGAGUGGUGAGAAGACCGCAUCAUGGCGGCCGCAUCAUCCUCACAUGCUGCAGCUGUGUCCCGUGGCUGGAAGCGAUCAAAUGACCUCGACAAGGAACUGUGGUGUGGCAGAUGCGACAAUGCGAGCCGCCAGCUGUGCAAAGGCAUCAUCCGCCGCACCCUCACAAGUGGACAAGAUGUGUUACAGCUGAUCCAGCGGGACGGAGCCGACCCCAAAAUGACGCCUUCGCUGUGCGCGGCUCCGCCGCCGGCUCCGCUGGUCGUUAGCAACGGAUGGGGUGUGUAUUCACUUCUGUCGCUGGCCAUCGACGACAUGACUGGCUACACUGUCCCGGCCUUCUGGGCAGAAGACGUGCCCGAGGAGUCUCCCGUCGCCCUACGAUGGUGGUCGUCCCCCGAGCUACAGGAUGAGAUCAUGCGCGCCCUGAUCGAUGGAGGCGCGGAUGUUGAUGGAGAAGUCGAUGACUUUGACGAAGACGCUUGGGUGAUGGAGACGCUGCCGCAUGAUAGGGAGGCGCCAAUUCGCGUGGCCAUCGCAUCGGGCAAUCAGAGGGCCAUCGACUUCCUGCUGGAGCGUGACGCUAAGCUGAGGGGGCUGGGGGUGCUGUCGGUGCCCAAGACGCUGCCGGCGGACCAGCCGACUGAGGCGUACGAGGACUGGCUGCUCUCGAGAUACCGCCAGCUCCUCUGCCGCCACCCCACACUCGCCACCGAAGAAGUGGUGAUGGAUUGCUUGGGACUAACGGUUCACGCCUUCUCCCAGGCGUUCGUCGACAUGUACAUCAACCUGCUGGUGACGCACGGAGCGGACAUCACAGCACCGCCGGCCCCUCCCGUUGGAGUGUCGCGACUCUGCGAGGCGGCUUUUCGCGGCUGUCAUCAGGUCGUGACGUCGCUGUGUCGCCGUCUGACCGCCGAGGACAUCAACGCCGGUGGCGUCAACGCCCUCAACGCCGGUGGCGUCAACGCCCCCGACCGGACGCCCCUCCUUGCGGCCGUCGAGGAGCUCGGUGGGGACAGCGACUACGGGCAGCGACUUGGGGUUCCCUGCUACCAGCGCAUCACCCGCACACUGCUGAGGGCCGGUGCAGACAUCUCCCGCAUUCCCACAGACACCGAGAAGCACCGCCGUUGUCGUCAACUGGUGUUGCCCGAGUACGUCACGGUCCUCAACGAGCUGCGGGCUGACGCCAUGGCUGCCAUCAAUGCCGCCCUGCGCCCCCAGCGCAGCUUCGCGGCCCUCCUCACCCACCUGAUGAAGCUCGACCCCCUCCCAUUCGGACCACAAGAGGCAGAGGCCAUCGCCUGGCGCACCGCGGCGUUCUGCUUCGAAUGGGACCGCACCGCGGCCAUCUGAGUGAGUCGAGUCGAAGGAAGAGCGGGUGGAGGGCAAGAGGUCAUGUUUGUCUGUCGAUUUAAGCGAUAUGCCAGCCGGUGGGUCAGUGCCCUUUACGGUCAAUUCUGUCUGUCUGUCGCGUGUGAGUCAGUGCCUUAUGUGUUUGUCCGUUUUUGUCCUCACCAGCCAGCCAUCCAUCCCAUCUGCAUGAUGCCAGCGGGUGUGUUUAUGUUACCACAACAUCUGUAUGUCUGCGUGUGCCCUCAAUAUACAUAUGUGUAUCCGUAUGUGCUCCAUGUGCGUCCACACACUGCUCGCUGCACGUUCGUGUCGCGUGUGCAUGCCGGCAUAUUUAUCUAUUUAUGCAGACAGACAGACCAGCACUUUGGUGCGUGAGGAACUUUAAUGCCAAGCCAUGAAUGCCCUGAUCAUGAG